UCUCAAAAGGAACAUCUUUGUAUAAAGCCACACCCUCUUCAUUUACUCGAAGCCAAUCAGCAACUUGAUUGGGUAUUAUUUGAAAAUUCCCUAGCAUUGGAAAAUAAUCUUGAUCGUGAAGCUA